UUAAGAAAAGCACAUGAUCGAUGUGUUGGAGGGGGGUAUAUAUACAUGUUGUCAGGCAGCUGUAUGAUAUCAGUCUGAAGUGACAACCAACAGCUGCAAAAACAAGAUGAAGCUCUGCAUCGUGCUCGUGUUCGGGACCCUGAUUGCCCUCGCCUACGGUAUGCCACCGAUCAGCAGAGACUACAACACUCACUGCCGGUGCGUUCAAGUGGAGUCGAGAAUCAUCCCGCCGGACAGCCUGAGGAGCAUCAAGCUGUUCCCUGAAGGGCCCCACUGCCCCGACAUAGAAGUCAUAGCUGGACUAGCGAGCGGGGAGAAAGUUUGUCUGAACCCGCGGUCCUCCUGGGUGAAGAAGCUCAUCCAGUUUGUUCUUGCAAAACAACUUCAUCAGAAGGGGGGGUCACUUCCAAAUAAUCAAGCAUAGUAUCAAAAGACAAACGGUGAAUCAUGUGUAAUGAAUUCCUCUCUGCAGCGAUGAGCCAUGCUGUUGUACUUUAAUCAAUCACACUUAACACAGUUUGUAUAGCUUAUUUAUACUGUUAGUGUUUGAAUGCUCUUCUAACCAAACAGAGAACAGGAAGUGUCUAAAUAGCACUGUGACUGUAUGUCUAAGCAUUACAUUACAUUACAUUGCAUUUAGCUGACGCUUUUAUCCAAAGCGACUUACAAUAAGUACAUUCGACCAGGAAGACACAACCUUGAAGAAAACAGAAUCAUAUAAGUACAUCAGGUUUCAUAGAGCCAAACAUUUCAAGUGCUACUCAACUGGCUUUAGAUAAGCCAGUCCUUUAUUAGUAUAUAAGUGCUUCGUUAAUAGUUCUAUCGCUCGAAGUGGAGUCGAAAGAAGUAAUAGGAAGUAGUAAGUAUUAUAGGAAGUAAGGAAGUGUAAAUUGUAAAGAAAAUCAAGUGUGAAUGAGUGUUAACUAUUCUCUUUAUAGAACGUUUGGUUGUAUGUCGGAUGCAGACACUUUGUAGCAUAUCAUGUGUAAUAUUCAAAACAUCAUUUUCUUUAUUUUGUGAAAAUCACUUGCUUUGUUAAACCCCUUUCCCAAUGUUGGCACCGUCAGGGUCUAUAUCCAAUUUGAGAAAACAAAAUAAAUGAUAAAAAGUCAAA